AUGCCAAAAGAGAAAAACUACAACCCGGUGCAAGCCCAGCGCAAGGCUGACAAGGCUCGCGAAGUCAGAAAAGGAAAGGCCGAAGCGCAAGGCCGCCGGAAUGAAAAGCUCGCGCGCAAGAACCCAGACCGAAUCCAAAAGCAAAUCGAUGACCUCAAGGCCGUGACCGCGGGCGGCGGCAAGCUGACGCGUCAUGAAGAGCAGGUGCUCGAGGGCCUGGAGAAGGAGCUCUUGUCAGUGCGCAAGGCCAGAGACACGCUGGGCGAUAAGGCGCCGAGCUUUGGGCGCGGUUGGAGGAGAGACGACGAUGGUUCAAGGUCUGGGGCGCUGGGGAAGCGGCGGCGCGGCGACGACGACGGGUCGAGUGAUGAUGACGAUGUUCCAGACGACGUGAGGAGCAUCCCCAUGCCGAGAGACACGCCGCCGCCGAUACCAAAGGCCGAGAUGGACAAGUGGUACGCGAAGCGGAGGGCGAAGCGCAAUGCCGAGAAUGCAGCCCGGCGACGCGACGCGGGCGACAACGAAGCUCAAGACGGCGAGGACAACGACAGAGGCAAAGGCAGGGACAGAGGGCAACGGAAUGCGGCGCCGGUGGUGGAGUCGAGGACCGUCUACGAGGCAAAGCCGGUGGUGCGAGAUCUGCGCAAGGAGGCCGUGGCGGCGUUUGUGCCCACGUCGGUGCAGAUGAAGAUGAGCAAGGGCAAGGGACAGGGCGGUCUGAUGGAGCCUGAGGAGGCUGAUCGACUGGAGAAGGAGGGAUACCUGAAGGUAGCUUCUGGAGCUGAUCGAGAUGAGGCCGAAGCCGAAGCCGAAACAGCGCCUUCUCGGCAUGUCGUGAUGGAGGAGGUGGAAGACGAGGAUGCAUAA